AUGUCGUCGCAAAGGAAACCCCGGACAGAGCGGUACUCUGCACAAAUCAGAGCAUCGCAGUACGACCCGGAUGUCGACGCCAACCACUACAACUACCAGUUCAACACCCACCACAACCAACAACCACAACUCCACCAUCCACAACCACAACGCGCCAUCAGUCCACGCGUUUCGAUGGACAUGUCAGCUGCAACUGUCAAUUUCCUUGACCACUACCCCGUCUCUUCCUCCUCCUCCAACUCGACAGCUUCAACGUUUAUCAAUUUGACCAACCCCAGCAGCUCUAAUAGCUCGAAUCAUGCCCUCGCGGAUCCUGUCGUGGGGAACAAUGCGCCGGAUGGUUCUGUGGGUCUAGUGGGGGCAGUGUCACCGGGACAAACACCACCAGCAUCACAAUCAACUGUGUCCAAUUCAAUUGCUGUUACAAGUAGUGGUGACGAGACUCCUGCUGCCGCCACUCCUGCUGGGCUCACAUCAACGCCCUCCUCCUCCUCCUCCUCUCGUACUCCUCCAACCUCGACCCCGACAACAGCACCCCUCGUUUCCUCCGCAACUUCCUCCUCGACCUCAAAAUCCCCCUUCUCUAUCUUUCCAACAAUCCUCGGUCGCAAAAAAUCCAACUCGACCUCUGCCGCCUCCCCCUCCUCGCGCCGACACACCAAAACCUCCCAACAAAGACCAUCCCCACCACCCCACCCCCUCCCUCGAUCAUUCGCAGACGGUCGCCAAUUCCAUCACGCAAAGACCGCAUCUGUCGCCUCGGUCCGUUCUCGACUUGUUGCCAGGACGUCUAGGAGUUCCUUGCAGCUCAACUUGCGGACCAACCAAAACAACCCCAACCCGACGUUGAUCCCUACACCCAGUCAAUCCCCGGGUGGGACUUGGGAUGAUCCCGACUUGGCGCCGAGUCCUUUUUAUGCGAAUAUGGAUCCGGCUUUCUUGAAAGAGCAGCAGCUUGCAGGAAGUGGCGCGAACAUGAUGGGCGAUGGUGGUGGUGGGUUUAGUAUGAACCGACAGGAUGAUGGGCGGUUGCAGUUGGAGCAGGCGAGGGCUUAUUACAAUUCAAGGAAGUGUAUCACCUGGACUCGAAGCAAGUUCCUCCUUCUUCUUGCCAACAUCAUCUUGUUGGGGUAUGCGGUGACAUGCACAGUGAUCAUGACCAUGUCGUGGCGUGGAGACCAAUGGACAAAACCCUACCUGGAUUCUGGAAUCAUGAUGAUAGCCAACCAUAACGUCCUCCUCCUGAUGAUGGUGACGGCUCCAUUCGGCGUAUUCGUCGCACUGCUUGGGUUCAUUGGGAUCUUUACACAGAGCCGUAAGAUACUGUCAUGGUACACGGUACUCCUCUGGCCCUUGUUUGCAAUGGUGACCUCGAUCGGAUACAUCUGCUUCCGACGCAGUCACGUCUCACUCUACAUGAAACUCAAGUUCUCGUGGAUCAAUGAGUACACCCGCGACGACCGUCUUGUCAUCCAAAACGCUUUGAACUGCUGUGGUUACAGAUCAUCGGGCGACUACCCAUCCUACGACCUGCACUGCUUCCCCCGUGCACCCCUCCCAUCCUGCGAGACCAAAUUCCUGCAGUACCAACAAGAUCUCCUCUCCAACACCUCCUCGGCCGCGUUUACUCUCGUACCCAUCCAACUCCUCGUCAUGCUUGUCGCCUUGCUCUGUUCUAAUCAUAUCGAUAGCCUUUACCGAACCGCUAAUCCCAUCAUCCCCAAGUCGUACACUCAGUGA